AGUUUCCGGCCCCCCGUUCCUCCAUUUUCAAAACUCGAGAUCUCUAAAACUCGAAACCCUAAAUGGCCGAAGCGGAGGGCGAACCAGGAAGCUCCAUGCAUGGAGUCACAGGAAGAGAGCAAACUUUUGCAUUCUCGGUGGCUUCACCUAUGGUCCCGUCGGAUCCCACUGCGAAGUUUGAUUUGCCAGUUGAUUCUGAGCACAAGGCUAAAGUCUUCAAGCUUUUUUCUUUGGCCAAUCCUCACAUGAGAACCUUCCAUCUGUCUUGGAUCUCCUUCUUCACUUGCUUCGUCUCGACUUUCGCUGCUGCUCCCCUCGUUCCGAUUAUCCGUGACAACCUCAACCUCACCAAGCAAGACAUCGGAAAUGCUGGAGUUGCUUCUGUUUCAGGGAGUAUAUUCUCUAGGCUUGUAAUGGGCGCAGUAUGCGACUUACUCGGACCAAGAUAUGGGUGUGCAUUUGUCGUAAUGCUUACCGCACCCACAGUCUUUUGCAUGUCAUUUGUUGCAGAUGCCGGAGGCUACUUAGCCGUGAGAUUCAUGAUUGGUUUCUCGCUGGCUACAUUUGUUUCUUGCCAGUACUGGAUGAGCACCAUGUUCAACAGCAAGAUCAUAGGUUUGGUCAAUGGAACAGCAGCAGGUUGGGGAAACAUGGGUGGUGGCGCCACUCAGCUCUUGAUGCCUGUGGUGUUUGAUAUUAUCGGCAGAGCCGGAGCCACACCUUUCACUGCUUGGAGAAUUGCCUUCUUCAUUCCAGGUUGGCUUCAUGUCAUUAUGGGCAUCAUGGUCUUGACUCUUGGCCAAGACUUGCCUGAUGGGAAUCUCGGUGCCCUACAAAAGCAAGGUCAUGUAGCCAAAGAUGAAUUUAAAAAGGUGUUGUGGUACGCAAUCACAAACUACAGGACGUGGAUCUUUGUCCUUCUCUAUGGCUACUCCAUGGGCGUUGAGUUGUCAACUGAUAAUGUCAUUGCUGAAUAUUUCUAUGAUAGAUUCCACCUCAAGCUUCACACUGCGGGGCUUAUCGCUGCCACAUUCGGCAUGGCCAACUUCGUAGCUCGACCCUUUGGAGGGUGGGCUUCCGAUGUAUCAGCCAGGUACUUCGGCAUGAGGGGGAGGCUGUGGACACUUUGGAUCCUCCAAAGCUUAGGAGGAGUCUUCUGCAUCUGGCUCGGCCGAGCCUCUACCCUCCCCGUCGCCGUCACCGCCAUGAUCCUCUUCUCAAUAGGCGCUCAGGCUGCCUGCGGUGCAACUUACGGAAUCAUCCCGUUCAUUUCCCGACGAUCGCUUGGGAUCAUAUCCGGUCUCACUGGUGCUGGUGGGAACUUUGGCUCUGGACUAACCCAACUUAUAUUUUUCUCAUCCACAGCGUUCUCCACAGCCACUGGUCUCUCUUUGAUGGGGGUUAUGAUAGUGUGUUGCACUUUGCCAGUUACUUUGGUUCAUUUUCCACAGUGGGGAAGCAUGUUUCUCCCGGCUUCUCAACAUGUUGAGAAAUCUACUGAAGAGUUUUAUUACGGUUCCGAGUGGACCGAGGAAGAGAAGCAAAAGGGUUUGCACUCUGCUAGUAUCAAGUUUGCAGAGAAUAGUAAGUCUGAGCGUGGUAAGCGGGUGGCUUCUGCUCCCACUCCACCCAACACCACACCUUCCCAUGUUUAAGCGACAAGAGAAGAUUGAUUAACAUCUAGGUGAAUGUUUAAUCCAAGUGUGGAAUAGGCUAAUAAGGAGAGAAGAAUUGGAAGUCUUAAUGGUGGGUACACUACCGCGCGUGUGCCUCUAUCAAUGUAUCUCAUCAUGUUUACAGCUUACACAUGUUCACAGUUUUUACCUGUUAAUGUAAUAUACUCAAAUCUAUUUCAGCGACAGUCA